AUGGAUUGUCACAUCUUCAUCCUCCUCUUUCUCAUCUGCUCAGCUCGCAGCUGCUUCGGGGAACUGAUUCUCCAGCCUACCAAUGAAGUUAAUCUUCUGGAUUCAAAAGCUAUUCAAGGGGAGCUGGGCUGGAUCUCCUACCCAGCACAUGGGUGGGAAGAGAUCAGUGGGGUUGAUGAGCAUUAUACCCCUAUCAGGACCUACCAGGUGUGCAAUGUUAUGGAUCAUAGUCAGAAUAAUUGGCUGAGAACAAACUGGGUCCCAAGAAAUUCAGCUCAGAAGAUCUAUGUGGAACUGAAGUUUACCCUCAGGGACUGCAAUAGUAUCCCAUUGGUUUUGGGUACUUGCAAGGAGACUUUCAACCUCUACUACAUGGAGUCAGAUGAUGACCAUGGGGUCAAAUUCCGAGAACAUCAGUUUACCAAGAUUGACACGAUUGCAGCUGAUGAAAGUUUCACACAAAUGGACCUGGGGGAUCGUAUUCUCAAGCUCAACACUGAGGUUCGAGAGGUAGGCCCUGUGAACAGGAAAGGCUUUUAUUUGGCUUUUCAAGAUGUUGGUGCCUGUGUUGCCUUAGUAUCUGUGAGGGUGUACUUUAAAAAGUGCCCUUUUACAGUGAAGAACCUGGCAAUGUUUCCAGAUACAGUACCUAUGGACUCCCAGUCCCUGGUGGAAGUCCGAGGUUCUUGUGUUAAUAAUUCUAAGGAAGAGGAACCACCCAGAAUGUACUGCAGCACAGAAGGGGAAUGGCUGGUACCCAUUGGCAAAUGUUUAUGCAAUGCUGGCCAUGAAGAAAGGGGCUAUGUUUGCCAAGCUUGUCGACCAGGGUUCUACAAAGCCUCUGCUGGUAAUUUGAAGUGUUCCAAGUGUCCACCUCAUAGCUCUACCCAGGAAGAUGGUGCCAUAGACUGCAGGUGUGAGAAUAAUUACUUCAGAGCAGACAAAGACCCUCCAUCCAUGGCUUGUACCCGACCUCCAUCUGCACCAAGAAAUGUUAUAUCUAAUAUCAACGAAACUUCUGUUAUACUGGACUGGAGUUGGCCCCUGGACACAGGAGGCCGGAAGGAUGUGACCUUCAACAUCAUAUGUAAAAAAUGCGGGGGGAAUGUUAAACAGUGUGAGCCAUGCAGCUCUAAUGUUCACUUCUUGCCACGACAAUUUGGACUCACCAACACUACAGUAACAGUGAUAGACCUUCUAGCACACACUAACUAUACAUUUGAAAUUGAUGCAGUUAAUGGAGUAUCUGACAUGAGUUCCUCUCCUCGACAGUUUGCUGCAGUCACCAUAACAACCAAUCAGGCUGCUCCAUCACCUGUCACAAUAAUUAGAAAGGACCGGACAUCCAGAAACAGUGCCUCGUUAUCUUGGCAAGAACCUGAACAUCCUAAUGGAAUCAUCCUGGACUAUGAGGUCAAGUACUAUGAAAAGCAGGAGCAAGAGACAAGUUAUACCAUUCUGAGGGCUAGAGGCACGAAUGUUACUCUCAAUGGCCUCAAACCUGAUACUACUUAUGUCUUCCAAAUCCGAGCCCGAACAGCAGCUGGAUAUGGGACCAACAGCCGCAAGUUUGAGUUUGAAACUAGUCCAGAUUCUUUCUCCAUCUCCAGCGAGAAUAGCCAGGCUGUCAUGAUAGCCAUUUCAGCUGCAGUUGCAAUUAUUCUUCUGACAGUUUUGGUGUAUGUCCUAAUUGGGAGAUUUUGCGGCUAUAACAAAUCAAAGCAUGGUGUAGAGGAAAAAAGACUUCAUUUUGGGAAUGGACACUUAAAACUUCCAGGUCUCAGGACAUAUGUGGACCCCCAUACAUAUGAAGACCCUAACCAGGCUGUCCAUGAAUUUGCCAAGGAGUUGGAUGCUACCAGUAUAUCCAUUGACAAAGUUGUUGGAGCAGGUGAAUUUGGAGAGGUAUGCAGUGGCCGCUUAAAGCUUCCUUCCAAAAAAGAGAUUUCAGUAGCUAUCAAAACUCUCAAAGUAGGCUAUACUGAAAAGCAGAGGAGAGACUUCCUGGGGGAAGCAAGUAUCAUGGGGCAGUUUGACCAUCCCAAUAUCAUUCGACUUGAAGGAGUUGUUACCAAAAGUAAACCAGUCAUGAUUGUCACAGAAUACAUGGAGAAUGGCUCCUUGGACAGCUUCUUACGAAAACAUGAUGCCCAGUUUACAGUCAUUCAACUAGUAGGAAUGCUUCGAGGGAUAGCCUCUGGAAUGAAAUAUUUGUCAGAUAUGGGCUACGUUCAUCGUGAUCUUGCUGCCCGCAAUAUCCUUAUCAACAGCAACCUGGUGUGCAAGGUUUCUGAUUUUGGCCUCUCAAGAGUUCUAGAAGAUGAUCCAGAGGCUGCUUACACAACAAGAGGGGGAAAGAUCCCAAUUCGAUGGACAUCUCCAGAAGCAAUUGCAUAUCGCAAGUUCACGUCAGCCAGCGACGUAUGGAGUUACGGAAUUGUUCUCUGGGAAGUGAUGUCCUAUGGAGAGAGACCAUACUGGGAGAUGUCCAAUCAGGAUGUAAUUAAAGCUGUGGAUGAAGGCUACCGACUGCCACCUCCCAUGGACUGCCCAGCUGCCUUAUAUCAGCUGAUGCUGGACUGCUGGCAGAAGGACAGAAACAACAGACCCAAGUUUGAGCAGAUUGUCAGCAUUCUGGACAAGCUUAUAAGGAAUCCCAGCAGUCUGAAAAUCAUUACCAAUGCCGCAGCAAGGCCAUCAAACCUUCUCUUGGACCAAAGCAGUGUGGACAUCACUACCUUCCGCACACCGGGUGACUGGCUCAAUGGCAUCCGGACAGGACAGUGCAAAGACAUCUUUACGGGCGUGGAAUACAGUUCAUGCGAUACAAUAGCCAAGAUUUCCACAGAUGAUAUGAAAAAGGUUGGGGUUACUGUCGUUGGGCCACAGAAGAAGAUCAUUAGUAGUAUUAAAGCUCUAGAAACACAUACGAAGAAUGGCCCUGUUCCUGUCUAG